AUGAGGUCAAAUUUCAAGUCACUUCAAGACCGGGUUGCCAUUGUCACCGGCGGAUCCCGCGGCAUCGGAGCCGGAGUCGCCCUCGAACUGGCCAAGCGCGGCGCCAAUGUGCUCAUCACGUACAAUCAGGCUAGCACGCAAGCGACAUCAGUCAUUAAUCAGCUGAAAGAACUCCGAGUCGGGGCAGAAGGCGUGCAAGCCAGUGGCAGCGACCGUGAUUCCCCACGGAGAAUUGUCGCUAAAGCUGUUGAAAUCUGGGGCCACAUAGACAUCAUAGUCAACAAUGCCGGCACCGGGGACGACUCCCUACUGUGCGACCUCACAUACGAGCUAUGGGACAAGAUCAUAGACUGCAACCUGCGGUUCCCGACAUUCCUGGUCAAGGAAGCGGUACCGCAUUUCGGCACGGCGCCUCGCAUCGUGAACAUCUCCAGCGUCAUUGCACGCAUGGGAGGUUCGUACAGCACGGCAUACUGCGCGACGAAGGCGGCAUUGGAAGGAGUGACAAAAGUAUGGGCGCAGGAGCUGGGACAGAAAUACAGGGCUACUGUAAACUGUGUUAACCCCGGGCCGGUCAAUACCGAUAUGUGGUUGCGAGACACUGAGCAAGAGGUUCAAGAUGAGUGGGAGACCAAGAUGAGAGAAACUCCUGCUGGGGCUAGGAUCGCUGAAGUUGAUGACAUUGCGCAAAUUGUUGCUUUCUUGUCUGAGGAGGGCAGUCGCUGGUCGACGGGGAGCACAGUGAAUGCAAAUGGAGGCCUUUGUUUUGUUUAA